AUCUUUAAAAUGGAUUUUAAGGUUGAAACUUGAAAGGCUAGCAUCCAUGCAGUAAACUCCUAAAAUGUAUGAGCAUUUGCUGCACUCAUACCUAUUUUGAUUAUAGAAAAAUAUUUAGGGCAUCUUUGGUUAUUUACUGUUCGAGGAGGUCUUCAGUAGUAAGGGUUCGAUUCACCCUAAAUAUCCUGUUUCGAAAUUUUAUUUCUAUAUUUUCCGGUUUUUCUCAUUUUUCUGGGGUUCUUUUCUUCUAAACUUUCACCUUCUCCAUGUGUUGAUCCGAAACUGUGAUUUACAGUAAUGGCGCUAGGCCAAACCUGGAGAUCAUGGAUUUCUCUGCUCCUAACACUGAAACCCUCAAAACCCAUUAAUUUUUCCACCAUUUCUCCAGCUCUCAGGCAAAACCCAAUUCCCAUUUUUCACCGUUUCCAUUCCUCCAUAUUGGGUUCCCCCAAAACCUUGAAUUUUGAUACUAAAGAAGUGGGUUUUCCAAGUUUGAAUUUUGGGGUGGUUGGUGUGAGGUUCUCCUCAUAUGAGAGAGUGGUUCAGGAGCUUCUUGCUGAGGUAGAGAGAGAAAAGCAGAGAGAAAGAGAGGAGAAGAAAAGGGCCGGGGAACCAGUAAAUGAUGAAGACGAGGAAGAGGAUUAUAUGGGUGUUGGGAAGUUGAUAGAGAAGCUUGAGGGUGAGAAAGUAAAUGAAACAGAUUUAAUGAGAUAUGAGGAGUAUACAGAUUCGGACAGUGACGAGGACGAGAGGCCAUCGGCCGAAGAAAUGAAGAAGCGAGUUGAUCUGUUUGAGAAGAAGUUUAAGAGGCAUCAAGAGCUCGUAAAGAACUUUGUUUCAGCAGAGACUCUUGACGAUGCCUUUAUGUGGAUGAAUAAGAUUGAUAAAUUUGAGAAAAAAUACUUGAAGCUGCGCCUCGAAUACAGGGUUAUAGGUGAGUUGAUGAAUCGCUUAAAAGAAUCCACUGGCAAGGAAAGAUUCAUUCUUAUUCAGAAAAUUAAUCGUGCUAUUAGAUUAAUGCAGUGGAAAGUAAGCUUUGAUCCGAAUAAUCCUGCUAAUUAUGGUGUGAUCAAGCAUGAACAAGGACCUUCAGAAGAAGGGCCUUCAGAUGAUCUCUUAGUUGCCAGUUUUGAUAAACAGAAGCAAAUGCUUCAAGGUGACGAUGAAGAGGAAGAUGAACAUGAUUUCAAUGAAUCAAAGGACAAGGACGAGAUUUUUGCAGAGAAGCUGAAUGCCAUUGACAAGAAACUCGAGGAGAAGCUUCAGGAAUUGGAGAGGACUUUUGGAAAGAAGGGCAGAGCUCUAGAGGAGGAGAUUAGGGACCUUGCACAAGAGAGGAACUCAUUGCUUGAGAAGAAGAGAAAGCCUCUGUAUAGGAAAGGUUUUGAUGUGAGGCUAAUAGACAUUAAUAGAACAUGUAAAGUUACAAAGGGAGGUCAAAUCAUAAGUUACACUGCUUUGCUUGUUUGUGGUAAUUACCAUGGGGUUAUCAGCUUUGCAAAAGCGAAAGCUCCAGCAGUUCCGAUUGCAUUUCAGAAGGCAUAUGAGAAAUGCUUUCAGAAUCUCCACUACGUGGAAAGAUACGAGGAGCACACCAUUGCCCAUGCAGUGCAAACAAAAUAUAAACAAACUAAGAUAUACUUGUGGCCUGCUCCAACAACUACUGGUAUGAAGGCUAGCAGAACUGUUGAGACAAUCUUGCAUUUGGCUGGAUUCAAAAAUGUCAAGUCGAAGGUUAUUGGCUCGAGAAAUCCCUAUAACACUGUUAAAGCUCUUUUCAAGGCUCUAAAUGCAGUUGAAACACCUAAAGAUGUCCAAGAAAAGUUUGGCCGAGUGGUUGUUGAGUCAUAUCUGCUUUGAUUGGUUCCUCCAAGGCAAGACUCUCUCUCUCUCUCUCUCUCUCUCUCUCUCUAAUGCUGCUGGAUUUGGAUUGAGGGAGUCGUUGAAGAGUAUCUGCUCAUUCAUAUGAUCCCUUUCAGUUGUUGUAUUGCUGCAAUGGGGUGACCAGAAGAGGAAGCGUAUUCAUACUGGAUAAUGCAAUUUUGACAAUGAAGAAGGACUUUAUUUCCUUCAUAAAAUAACCACAAUUGGAUGCAUCAGUGCGUCGGAUGUAUGAAAAAUUUUUAGAUUUGGCAAUGGCCAUCACUCUCUUCUUAUUUGAGUUUAUAAAAGAUGUGAGAAUUAUACCCGUUUUUUUU